GUUUUUCCACAGGAUGUCUUAACUUCUUUUUCUUUUUCUUCGCAUAUAUCGCAUCCCAAUUCCAAGACCAUUUCAAUUCGACUCCAAAACAAAGCUAAUAUAAAACGCCUCCAUCCUUUAUUCAUCCAUCCUCUAUUCCUUCUAGUCAAGAAAACCAAACAAAUCACUAAUCUCCCCUCCACUCCCUUUAUCUUCCCUUCUCCUCUCUUCGCUGGAGUCCUCCUAACCUCACUAUAACUGUUUAGCUGUUAGUUUCAUCAAGGAGAGGCUCCAGAAAUGGCUUCUCCCAAUACUACAGUUCCCCUCUUCUUGGCCCUCCUCUUGUGCUUUCUCCUCCAUCCCUAUCCCUCCUCAGCUUCUCUCUUCAACUGGAGCACCUCCGUAAAGUCCCAUAAUUCUCCGCUCGCCGCCAUCGAAUUGCCGACCCACCUCAGCUUCAACGCCGUCACCUCCUCCGAUGGAUCCCGCUGCACUCACCACCUCGACGCCGCCAGCCCCUCCGACCAAAAUCACCACGGCGAUUCCAUAGACGGGGAGAACGAAGACGACGACGCUCGGGAGGAGAGCUCGGCGCCGGCGGCAUCGACCUUGAAGCUCCACCUCAAGCACCGGUCGUCCAAGGAACCCGGUGCCCCCGAGCGGACUAAAAAGGAAUCUCUUUUGAACUCCACCCAUAGAGACCUUUCAAGAAUCCAUACGCUCUUCGGGAGGAUCGUAGAGAAGAAGAACAGGAACACCAUCUCCCGCCUGAGGACGACCGCUGGCGAGGCCGGUCACCGCUCGAUCGCCUCCGAAUUGGCGGAAAAGGUGGCAGCCUCGGCGCCGCCGGAGCUCGCGGGACGGCUGAUGGUCACCCUGGAAUCCGGCGUCAGUCUCGGCUCUGGCGAGUACUUCAUGGACGUGUUCGUGGGCACGCCGCCGCGGCACUUCUCCUUGAUCCUGGACACCGGCAGCGACCUGAACUGGAUCCAAUGCCUGCCGUGCCACGACUGCUUCGACCAGCACGGCCCCCUCUACGACCCCGCCGCCUCCUCCACCUACCACAACGUGAGCUGCGCCGACACCCGCUGCGGCCUCGUCUCGCCCCCCUGGCCCUGCCGCUCCGGCGACCAGGCUUGCCCCUACUUCUACUGGUACGGCGACCGCUCCAACACCACCGGCGACCUCGCCCUCGAGACUUUCACCGUCAACCUCACCGCCACCGACGGCGGCGGGGGCGCCGAGUUCCGCCGCGUCGACGAAGUCAUAUUCGGGUGCGGCCACUGGAACCGGGGACUCUUCCACGGCGCCGCCGGCCUCCUCGGCCUCGGCCGUGGGCCCCUCUCCUUCUCCUCCCAACUCCGCGCCCUCUACGGCCACACUUUCUCCUACUGCCUCGUCGACCGCGACAGCGACCUGACCGUCUCCAGCAAACUCAUCUUCGGCGAGGACCGCAGCCUUCUCAGCCACCCCGAUCUCAACUACACCUCCUUCGUCGACACCGCCGGUAAAGAGGACAGCCCGGCCGACACCUUCUACUACGUCCAGGUAAGGGAGAUACUCGUCGGCGGGGAGGUGCUGCCCAUCCCUCCGGAGACGUGGAAAUUGUCGGCGGAGGGGACCGGUGGGACGAUCGUGGACUCCGGCACGACGCUGAGCUACUUCGCGGAUCCGGCCUACCAAGUGAUCAAAGAGGCCUUCGUCGGCCAGGCGAAGGCGAAGUAUCCGGUGGUGGACUUCCCGAUAUUGAGUCCUUGCUACAAUGUGUCCGGCGUCGAGAAGGUCGAGAUGCCGGGGUUCGCGAUCCGGUUCGCGGACGGGGCGGUGUGGAACUUCCCAGUGGAGAAUUACUUCAUCCGGCUGGACCCGGAGGAGGUCGUCUGCCUCGCCAUCCUUGGGACGCCGCGGUCGUCGCUGUCGAUACUGGGCAAUUACCUGCAGCAGAAUUUCCAUAUCAUGUAUGACAUGAACAAGUCCCGGUUGGGAUUUGCGCCCAUGAAGUGUGCUCAAGUGUAGCAAUUCUCUACACUAUUAGAUUGCAGGGAAUCAAUUGAACAGUUCUGAUUUUGAUGUGAGCUAGAAAAUGAUCCACAUUGGUUUUCCACAGGUACAUACAAAGGAUAAUUAGGCUGCAAGAAUUUUGGGUUGCUGAGGGAGGUAAUGGGAGUUUUGUGUUACCUCUCGAGGAAGAUGUAAAAAAAGCUAGACAUUAUGUCAUUUUUUUUUUCCCUUCUCUCCUCAA